AUGAAAAUCAGCGAGCUUUACAUAUACCCGAUCAAAUCUCUCCGACCUACCAAGGUCACCGAGGGCGAGCUGACGCAUCUGGGCUUCAAGUAUGAUCGCAGAUUCAUGUUGAUCAAAGUGACGCCCGGCGAAAAUGGCGGGCCCUCCGAGAUGAAAAAUAUGCACAUAAGCUCUUUCCCUGAAAUGUCACUUUUUCAAACGACUAUGGAGACAUCCCAGGGUGCAGCCGACCCGGGGAAAAUCGUUGUGACCUACAGCCCUCCCAGCUUGACAACCCCAGGUUCAGACCAAGAGAAGGUUGGAAAUCAGACGGGAGAGAGGCCGCCCGUUCAAGGCCAACGUCCUGUCCACGCGAAUUCUCCACAGUAUAGUUGUCAGAGUCUGGAGAUUCCACUCGAGCCGGACACAACAAAUCUCAAGCCAAUCGACGUGACUAUGCACAGGAGCCCGACAACGGGAUACGAUAUGGGCGAGAAAUUCAAUUCUUGGUUCAGUGACUGCUUCGGGUUUCCGGUCAUCCUGACGUAUCUGGGUGAAAAUACCCGCGGUGUGCUGGGUACUCUUGCCCCCAAAUAUCACACCAAAGAACCUUGGUGGCGUGUAUGGCAGCAGGAAUUUACCAUGCUUGGAGGCAAUAACAACAAUCCAAUUCUUGGUCGUUGGCUGGUCCCGAUCACCGCGGCGUAUCUUCUCUUGAACGCGGCGAGCUGGGCCUAUGCACAGAUUGAAGCGGUUGGGCUUUCGCCCGUGGUUGGCAUCUGUCUCAUUGCAGGCCUGUUCCUCGGUACAUGGGCCGGAAUCAACACGAUGCUGAUGAGACGACGCGAGGCAAGGAUUGGUUUCGCAGAUUGCGCGCCAUUCUUGGUGGUUUCUCAAACAUCCGUAGACGAUGUUUCUGCGCGCCUGGCGGGAACACAAGGAGUCGACUUGACCAAGUUCAGACCGAACAUUGUCGUCACUGGUGCUGAGAAGGCGUUCGAAGAGGACUUUUGGGCCGAGUUGGGUGUUGGCAAAGAUGGGCUAGGGAAAGUGAAAUUGCUCGUCACGGGCCAUUGUGUGCGCUGUCGAAGCCUGAACAUCGAUUUCAAGGCCGGGAAGUUUAGUGAUGCCGAGGAUGGCAAUGUCUUGAAAAAGUUGAUGAAGGACCGCAGGGUCGAUCAAGGAGCGAGAUUCAGUCCGGUUUUCGGACGGUAUUCGUUUCCGGGAAGAGAGGCUGUAGGGAAGAGAAUCAAGGUUGGAGAUGAGGUGUGGGUUUUGAAGAGGGCUAAGAAGCAUACAGUGACUGGUGCCGAUAUCUUUGCCACCCCGGGCCAACCUGAGGAUCUCGAUCUCUCAACCACACAGCCACCCGUUGUUGGCGACGAUAUGGACGAAGUCAAUCUGCGUCGCAAGGACACCACCAAGGGUCCGCCGCUGCGGAUUCUAUCGCUCGAUGGAGGCGGCGUUCGCGGCUACUCCAUGCUCAUUAUCCUUCAGGAACUCAUGUACCGAACAUAUGUGGAAUGCGAGGGCAAACCUCCUCGUCGCGAUCAGAUUCCCAAGCCGUGCGACCACUUUGAUCUCAUUGCCGGCACGGGUACCGGCGGCCUGAUUGCGAUCAUGCUCGGUCGUCUUCGCUUGGACCUUGAGACCUGCAAAGAAGUCUACGUGCGUAUGACGAGGAAGGUUUUUGAAACAGACAAGACAAUCGCCGGUAUUCCUUAUCGUUCAACGCUGUUCAAGGCAUCAAAGCUAGAGGAGGCCAUUCGGGAAUGCGUGCGCGAGCACACCAUCUUUGAAGGGGAGGGCAACGAUCAGCCCAACAGCAGGCCGGAUCCUCGCGCAUCCAUGGCAAGCCUUCCAUACAGUCCGGGCUCCGUGCCACAAAGAUCCGUGAGCCGUGGUAGUUUCAGCACAUCGGGAAUGUCUCAUCCGCAGAGUCCGAUCAGUCAUCGAGGCUCGACUUUUUUGAAUGGUCUGCGCUGGGGGAAUCCGGAGGCUUUGCUCUACGACAAUCGAGAAUUCCGAACCAAAACUGCUGUGACUGCGAUCUACAAGGGUACACGUCGUGGUGGAUCGGCGGUGCUCCUUCGUUCCUACGAUUCUCGUCGAGAACCUCCCCCCGAGUUCGACUGUACCAUCUGGCAAGCUGGCCGGGCCACCUCCGCUACGGGACUUGCCUUUAAGCCCAUCCAAAUUGGACAACAUGUGUUUAUCGACGAGGGUCCUGGUACCUACAACCCCUCUCCACAGAUUCUCGAAGAGGCGGUCGUCAACGAAUGGCCUGGUCGCGAAGUUGGCGUCUUUGUCAGCGUUGGAACCGGCCGAAGACCACCUGGCACCAAUAAUCGACAGCACGAGUGGUGGGAGGACUUUUUUGGAUCCGCGACCGGCACCUUUGCGGAAGCGCGGCGCCGCUUGAUCUCCAAGAUUGAAGGCUGCGAGGCCAUCCAUCAAGAAAUGCUCAAGGAUACGCUGGCCAAGCGUGGGGUACCCAAGGAUAACUACUACCGGUUCAAUGUUGAGGUGGGUGUCGGCGAGUUCGGCAUGAACGAGUGGAAUCGCCUGGCCGACAUUAGUACCAACACGCGACAAUAUCUGGCCAAGGAAGAGGUGAAGAAGAUGAUUCUUGAUUCAAGUGUCAAGUUUGCCAAGAUUGAUCGCAUGAACAAGCGCCUUGCCCAGCAUGCGGCCGCGGGAGGUGAUCGGGACGACUUGUCCUUUGACAUGGAGCGCGAGGAGAUCACGGUGCACUCUCGCACUCCAUCCUAUUCGGUGCCUCCCCCUAACCAUUUCGCCGUGGAACUGCCCGCAUCUCCCGUGGAUGCCCCUUCUCAAACGCAGAUGCAGCCUCCCUCGCAACGCCCAACAUCCGUGGUCGUGACUGCGCCUCCGGCAGAGGAUGCGCUACCAGCUCACUCAACCCCCCAGGACGGCCCAUUAUCCCCAGGGUGGCAGUCUAGUGGGGAGACGGGCGGCUUCCUUGCGAGUCACGAGGCCAGCCGACCGAGUUCGUCACAGCAGGAGUCUUCUGGACGCCCCGUUGACCCGUUCCCUGCUUACAAUAUUUCCCCAUUGAACACCAUGCCGCCGCCUAUCCCUCCCAAAACUCCCAUCCCUUACCCUCCGACCGACGAUACCGGCGUGUCGAUGCCCGCGCCACUGUUUUCCCAGCCUCACGUCCCUCUGUCCAGCGGGAAAGUGCGGCCUCCUUAUCCCGUGGAUGAGCCUCCACCGGUGGUCAACCGGCAGCGCAAGCCUAGUUUUCACGUGCGAUGA